AUGGAACAAUUGGCCCAAGCGGGUAAAAUAAAAUUGGUAGCAAACUUGCUAAAUGGCACCACAAUAAAUGUUAAUAGCGCAGCAAUUCAACGUUGCAGCAAUUUACUUUUUGUACCGAUGAUGCUCAUUACACGUCUCUAUCGCCCCACAUCGUUGCCAUCAUGCUCGGCAUUGAUGCAAAGACGCUACCUCUCGCUGCAUGAAUACCAGUCGAUGUCACUUUUUGAAAAGUACAAGAUUGAUCAUGCCAGAGGAUCGCUUUGUACAGAUCCAAACGAUGCAAAGUCGCUUUGGGAGAUGCAUGCCACAAAAAAAGGUUCCCCUACGCGGUCCGAACAUCACAAUUUAGGGUGUAUGCUCAAGGCCCAAGUAUUGGCUGGCGGACGUGGUAAAGGCUCUUGGAUCGGCAAGGCCAACCUUCCCGGUGGUGGGAUCCAGUUUGCUGCAGACGCCCAGGAGGCAUAUGGAAAAACGUCUAAAAUGAUUGGCUCAACCCUUGUCACUAAGCAAACGGGGGCAGCAGGCCGUCCGUGCUCAAAGGUUUUCAUUUGCGAGGCUCUUUCUCCCUCCAAAGAGUAUUACCUCGCCAUACUUUAUGAUCGAAACUGCAAAGGACCAAUGCUGGUCGGCUCUCCACAAGGCGGCAUGGACAUUGAGAAGGUUGCGGCUCAAAGUCCAGAAGCCAUUCAUACAUAUCCUAUUGAUAUCUCCAAAGGACUCUCCCUUGACGAGGCGAAAACCUUCGGCGCAAAAAUGGGCUUUACCGGCCGUUAUUUAGACGUCUCCCUUGUCGGAGGCACCAUUCUUCGGCUGUACCAGCUUUUUAUUGAGAAGGAUGCCUCUCUUGUCGAAAUUAAUCCCCUUUCCGAGAUUGCGUCGCCCACGGAGCCCCGUUUAAUCUGUCUCGAUGCCAAGAUAAACAUUGACGAAAAUGCAGAUUUCCGCCAGCAGGAGCUUUUUCUCAUGAGAGAUCCGGAACAGGAGGAUCCGCGAGAAGUACUGGCCUCCAAGGCGAAAUUGAACUACAUUGGUCUUGAUGGAUCCAUCGGCUGCUUAGUGAAUGGAGCUGGUCUCGCCAUGGCCACAAUGGAUAUAAUCAAGCUGCAUGGCGGCGAUCCGGCCAACUUUUUGGAUGUGGGCGGCAGUGCUUCGGUAGAACAAGUCUCAGAGGCAUUUUCAAUCCUGGUCUCAGAUAAGAGAGUUUCCUCGAUUCUUGUAAAUAUUUUCGGAGGCAUUAUGAGAUGCGACAUCAUCGCAGAGGGCAUUGUUAAGGCAGCCUCGUCGCUCAAAAUCAACGUUCCAUUGGUGGUGAGGCUUCAAGGGACAAACGUCGAUUCGGCCAAGAAAAUCAUCGCCGAUAGUCAGCUAAAAAUUUUCUCAAUAGACGACCUAACCGAGGCAGCGCAGAAAAGUGUGCAACUGUCAACGGACAUCUGA